AUUAAUUCAAGAUUUAAAUUAAGUGGUUUUGUUAAAUAAGUGUGUUAAUUGAUGUUAUUUGACAGUUGAAGUUAAGUUUUUAAAUUCAACAUGGAGGCGUGCAAAGGCGCGGUGUUUCGUCUGACACUUUUUGCUUUCUUAACACGGUAUGCAAUGUGUCAGGAAUACUUUAGAAUGGGUGUGAACACAAACUCUGCAGAGGCGUCACAGUUUCUAAGAGAGUAUGACAGAGAGGCAUCCGGGAUGUGCUACAGGGUCACCAUGUCCCAAUGGCGUUUUGUGACCAAUAUCACCGAGAACAACCGCCGUCGCAUGCUGGAGGAGCUGGCCCUCAGCUCCAAGUUCGAGAGGUUGUCCUGGAGGAAAGCGGCAGCAUACGACGCGACCAGACUGUCAGACCCCCAGGGGAGGCGGCAGCUGAUGAAGAUUGUGAUGGGGAGUAGGGCCGCGUUACCUGAUGAUAAGUAUUCUGAGCUCCAGCAACUAAUAACCGAAAUGAAGGAAAUCUACAACUCUGCAAAGAUUUGUCCUUACGGCCAGAAACCCUACGACCCCCACAUCCCAAGGGAAUACAUCCCUGAAUACCAGACUAUGGGGCAAACGUACCAUCUGGCGAAUCAACCAUACCAACAUUAUCAGCCUUAUACAGAAUCUUCGGAGUCAAAUUAUUGUGAUAUGCAGCUUGAUCCGGAAAUAUCAAGGAUCCUGGCACAUUCCAGGAUCGAGAGUGAAUUACUGUACGUGUGGAAGAGUUUCCGAGAUCAAACCGGACCCAAGUUGAGGAAUCGGUUCAUGAGAUAUGUUCAGCUCGCGAACCAAGCAGCUGUUGCUACUGGUUACAGAGACGCCGGCGACCAGAUGCGAGCUCCCUACGAGGACCAAUCGUUCAGAGCCAGUGUCGAGGAGAUCUACAACCAGGUGCAGCCGCUCUACAAGCAGCUGUUCACGUACGUCAGACGGAAGCUGGUGCAGCGCUACGGGGAGACCACGGUGCGGUCUGAUGGACCGAUACCGGCGCAUCUGUUGGGUAACAUGUGGGCACAGAACUGGAAGUCCAUCAUGGACAUCGUGAUGCCGUUCCCGCAGUCACCGAACGUUGACGUCACCGCCGAGAUGCUCCGGCAGGGGUUCACUCCUCUUAGGAUGUUCCAGAUGGCUGAGGAGUUCUACACGUCGAUGGGUCUGAAGCCGGUGCCGCCGGAGUUCUGGCGCGGCUCGCUGCUGGCGCGCCCCCCCCAGCGCAGCGUGCAGUGCACCGCCAGCGCCUGGGACUUCUGCAACAGGAUCGACUAUAGGAUCAAGCAGUGUACAGAGGUGACCCAGCAGGACCUGGUCUCCACGCACCACGAGCUGGCGCACAUCCAGUACUACCUGCAGUAUGCUGAGCAGCCGCAGCUGUUCCGCGACGGAGCCAACCCUGCUUUCCAUGAAGCAGUAGCGAAUGCGGCCACUCUCUCUGUCUACAAUCUACCUCAUUUGCAAAGAGUUGGACUUUAUCAAAAUAAGAGUCACGAUCCGUAUGAGGUGGGCAUGAACUUCCUGAUGACCAUGGCUCUAGAGAAGGUGGCUUACUUGCCAUUUGCAUUCAUGGUUGACCAGUGGCGAUGGUCGGUAUUCGAAGAUGGAGUGCAGAAUAUGAAUACAAGAUGGUGGCAAAUGAAACUCAGAUAUCAGGGUGUAAUACCGCCAUUAUCAAGAUCUGAAGGGGAUUUCGACCCAGGAUCCAAAUACCACAUUGUUUCUGACCAGGAGUACGUGAAAUACUUCCUAGCGACGAUCCUGGAGUUCCAGAUCUUCGAGCAGCUGUGCCAGGCGUCCGGUCACACAGGACACCUGUACGAGUGUGACGUGUACCGGAGCAGGGACGCCGGGAGGCUGCUGAGUGAAAUAAUGCAAGCUGGAUCAUCAAAACCCGCUUCAGAGAUCAUUAAAUCCAUGACCAGAGGGAAAACCAACCGGAUAUCACCAGAGGCUCUUGUCAAGUACUUCCGUCCCUUAGAGCUGUGGCUUCGAGUACAGAACCGUGACGAAAGCCUCAUAGGGUGGAACUCCAAUUACCACGACGUAGCCCUCUUCGCCCCUCAGAGAGGUCAGGCGGACACGCGGGGCAUAUCUUGUAUAGCACUAGUUCUAAGCUCUAUCCUCACUUUGUUAUAAUUCUGUAUUAAUAAAUUGACACUUGA